AUGCUCUACACCACUAUUCAGCAGGGAGUUCUGCGCGGCAAGUCCAAGUGCAAGAAGGAGCCCACUCACCCCGAGGCUUUCACGCCUGUUCCCGUUAUCCUUGACCCGCGCUUCAAGGUUGACCCCACCGCCGGUCCCGUCAGCGACAAGCUCUACGGUGGCUUCAUUGAGCACCUCGGGCGCUGCAUCUACGGCGGCCUCGUGGACAACCCCGCCGCCCCUUCGCCCGCCGAGCUCCUCAUUUCGCAGGAGGACGGCACCGAGCGCACCAAGGGCCGCGCUCCUUGGCGCAAGGAUGUUCAGAAGGUUCUUGCCUCUGAUGGCGAGCUCGAGAUCCCCAUGAUGCGCUGGCCCGGCGGCAACUAUGUGAGCAACUACCACUGGCAGGACGGUGUCGGUCCCCAGGCUCUCCGCCCCGCCCGCAUCGAGCUCGCAUGGCUGGGUACCCCCGAGACCAACCAGUUUGGUACCGACGAGUUUAUCGACAUGUGCCGUGCCAACGGCUGGGAGCCUUACAUCUGUCUCAACAUGGGAUCUGGUACCUACGAGGAGGCUCUCGCUUGGGUCGAGUACUGCAACGGCACCGGAAACACCCACUGGGCCAACCUCCGUCGCAAGAACACUGGCCGCGACGAGCCCCACAACGUCAAGUACUGGGGUCUCGGUAACGAGAUGUGGGGUCCCUGGCAGGUCGGUAACCUCGGUGCUACCGCGUACGCUACUGAGGCUCGUCGUUGGGCCCACGGUCUCAAGCUGGUCGACCCUACCAUCAAGCUCGUGAGCUGUGGUGAGACCGGUUGGUCCGACUGGGACCGCGAGAUCCUCCAGGCCCUUGUGCCCUUCAUCGACCUCCACUCCAUCCACUUCUACUCGAUGCUUGGCCACUCGACCGACUCGGACGUUGCCGGCUACGAAUACGAGAAGAAUGUGUUUGGUCCUGCUGCCGCCGAGCGCGCUAUUGAGAUCACAAAGUCGCUCAUCGACCUCGCCAACAUUGACAACACCUUCCGUGGUAUCCCGGCCCGCGACGUCAAGAUUGCCUUUGACGAGUGGAACGUCUGGGACACAGACAAGGCCCCCGGAGAGAUUGGUCUUGAGCAGAUCUACGACUACACCGACAUGCUCGGCGUCGUGGCGUGGCUCAACAUUCUCGUCAGGCAUCACAAGGACGUCGCCGUCGCGUGCCUCGCCCAGAGUGUCAACGUUAUUGCGCCUCUCAUGACGACCCCCGAUGGCAUCUGCAGGCAGACGACCUUCUGGCCUCUCAAGAUGUUCGGCAAGUACAUGAAGAACGGCCACCUCAUCACGCUCCCCUCCAUGCCCGACGCGUACGACGGCCCCUCGUACCCCGUCUUCAUCCAGCAGACCAACCUUGCCCCGCGCUACGUUGACAUGGUCUGCAUGGCCGCCGAGGAGGAGGGCAAGACCAGCAUCCGCCUCAGCGUCCUCAACCGUCACCCUACGGUUGACUGGCCCGCCGACAUUGACUUUGCCGCCUUCAAGCUCGACAAGGUCCAGGUCACCGAGGUCUACUCGGACGACCUUGCCGCCACCAACACCUUUGCGCACCCCGAGUCGGUCACGCCCACUACCACCGAGUACACUGCUGUCGAGUGGGCCGCGCGCAAGCACAUUGUCCGGAAGCACUCGUGGCAGUUCAUCAUCUUUGAGGGUGUGAAGCCGUAG